CAGAAUCUUCGUGUUGCAACCCCUCCCCCCAUCAAUUUGCAACACAGCUAAAAUCAAUUUUUUAAAAUUUUGUGCCAGACAAAUGGCACGUUUCAGCUGGUUGGUUGGUACCUGACUGAAAAGAAACUGAGCAAAUACUACCCCUUCCCUUCCCUUGUACUAUGGACGCAAAGGCUCUUUUGCGUUCAGCACUGCAGAAGGCUCAUGUCGCUGUGCUAGCUGACCAGGAGAAGAACAAUGCCGCGGCAUUAGAGGCCUACACAGAGGCAUUGCUGUUACUGGAUCAAGUUCUCAUCUCAGUCGAUCGAGAUGAGGACAAGAUGAGAAUCCAACAGAUUGUAAGUGCUUUCAUUUUGACUUGUAUAGGGACACUUUUUCUUCAAUGUUGCAUGUAGCUAUUCGACGGUUAGAUAGCUUUGGGGUGUGGUUAUCUUUUUAACUUUUUUUUUCCUCACCACUCUUUCUUUUUUUUUUCUGUGGGGAAACCCACCUAAUUAGUACGAUACAUAUUCAGACCGGAUCCGCAGUCUUCAUCUACUUUCACCCAAGCCAGAUUCCCAGGAUUUGUAUCAUACGUUUGAGGAUACGCCGUCGUCUAAGGCCAGUGAACCAGUGGAUGAUCAACAGACUCCUUUGGAUUGGCUCUCGCGACCUGCCAAUC